AUGGAUGCUAUUGGACCUAUUGAACCCGCAGCCUCGAAUGACCACCGGUUUAUCUUGGUUGCCAUUGAUUAUUUCACCAAAUGGGUGGAAGUGACAUCUCACAAAUCGGUGACAAAGAUCACCCAUCAAAAUUCAACAGCUUACCGGCUGCAAAUGAACGGAGCCAUAGAAGCAGCCAACAAGAAUAUCAAGAGGAUAUUGAGGAAAAUGACUUAUAAUCAUAAGGGUUGGCACGAACAGUUGCCUUGCGCCUUACUGGGAUACCGUACUAUGGCCAGGACCUCAACAGGAGCAACUCCAUACCUAUUGGUCUAUGGAACUGAAGCAGUCAUACCCGUUGAAGUUGAGAUACCUUCCCUGAGAAUCAUUCAGGAAGCGGAAUUGGACAAUGUCAAAUGGGUCCGAGCUCGUUAUGAGCAAUUGGCUUUAAUUGAUGAGAAAAGAAUAGUUGUUGUCUAUCACAGUCAAUUAUAUCAGCAAAGAAUGGCAAGAGCUUUCAACAAAUGA